AUGUACACCAUCGUCUUAGUCGUGGUACUCUUCGUAGUCUUCAUCUUUUAUACGCGAUACAAUAGCAAGGCACCUCCCGGCACAAAAGCCGCACCUGGACCUGCUGGCCUUCCAGUCCUUGGAAAUGCACACCAAUUGGGCCAACAACCACAUCAACAAAUCACCGCCUGGGCUCGCGAGUAUGGCGAAGUCUACAAGAUCCGUUUGGGUUGGAACGACUGGUACAUGAUAUGCUCGCCAGACGCGUGUAAAGAGAUUCUCGACAAGCAGUCAGCGCAUACGAGCUCUCGAGCACCAUUACCGGUAUCUGGCGAUGCGCUAGGUGGCGGAAUGAGAUUCUUGUUCAUGGAGUACGGGCCGGAGUGGAGGAAGCUGAGGGGCAUUAGCCACAAGCUGUUGACGCCGGCCGUGAGCGCAACCUUCAAACCAAGUCAAGAGUUCGAGGCGAAGAUGUUGCUCGAAGAGAUAUUGAAGGGUGCGGAUCCAGCAAAAGGCAAUGAAGUGAGCUACAAGGCUAUCAGAAGAUAUACUGUUAGCGUUAUCAUGACGAGCACGUAUGGAAGAAGAAUACCAGAAUGGGAUUGCGACGAAGUACACGGAAUCUACGAUAUCAUGAACGACUUUUCUACAAUGGCAAAACCAGGUACCUACCUGGCAGACACUCUUCCCUUCCUCGGCAACCUCCCGCCGCGACUGCAAUGGUGGCGCAAAGGAGUCGAACCAUACUUUGACAAACAAGCCAAUCUAUGGAUGUCUUUCUGGAGUACACUCAAAACUCAGAUGGAGACCAAACAAGCCCCAGAAUGUUUCGUAAAGCAAUUCAUCGAGAGUGACUACGAAAAGCAGGGCAUAAGUGAACUGCAGGCAGCAUUCUUGGCUGGUAGCAUGAUAGAAGCUGGUAGCGAGACAACGUCCGCGGCGCUCAACACUGCCAUUCUGUACCUUAGCGCAAACCCAACCUCACAGCAAAGAGCAGCCGAAGAGAUCAAAAAAGUCACUUCCUCUUCUCGAUCCCCUACGUUCGAAGACGAGUCAAGACUUCCUUACAUCCGCGCCAUCGUCAAAGAAACUUUGCGUCUACGCCCUGUCACAAACAUCGGUACACCACACUACACUACCGCACCCAUAACUUACAAAGACAUUCACAUACCUGCCAAGUCAGUCGUAUGUCUCCAACAAUACCCAAUUCACUACGAUCCCAAUCAUUUUGAAGACCCCCAACGCUUCAAUCCGGAGAGAUACCUCAAUCACCCUCAUGGCAGCGGGCACUAUGCGGCUGGUCCAGCUGCAAGUCGCGAUCACUGGGCUUUCGGUGCGGGCCGCAGGAUUUGCUCGGGUGUACACCUAGCUGAGAACAGUAUGUUCGUCGUAUUAGCAAAGUUGUUAUGGGCUUUCCACAUCUUGCCGCCGCUUGAUCAACAAGGGAAUGAAGUACAGGUAGAUACCAGUGAUGAAGCGUUUGAUGCUGUCGGAAGCACUACAAUGGCAAAGCCGUAUAGGGUGAGAUGGAAAGUACGAAGUGAGGAAAUCAAGAAUACGAUUAUGAGAGAGGCGGCCGAAGCUAGGAGAGACGGAUAUGUCCUACGAGGGGUGCGUGUCGGCGAGGAAGGUGUUGAAUUGUAA